AUGCUCCUGUCAAGCGCGGCCGUGGUCCUGGGCGCCCUACAGCCGGCCCUCGGCAAACCUUCCCUCCUCCGCCGUCAGAUGGAUGGAACCAAAAACGAGGUUGUGAACCAGCGGCUAGCCGCCACCGAGAUCGUCAUCGAUUACCUUGCCCCCAACCCUCCGUGCGGCCCUUAUUCGCCCUGGGUUGGCAUUUGGCCCGCUGAUGCCUGUAAUUCCUUCGCAGCUGACCCCAAGGCAUGGGCAUACGUGAAGCCCACCAAGGGCAGGGACAUCGGGAACGUCAAGCUUAACCUCUCCGACCUAGACGUGGGCGAGUACAGGGCCGCGUUUGUCUGUGAGGACGGCAAGAGGCAGGCCUGGAUAGUCUCCCAACCCUUUAAAGUUGACAAGGAGGCACCCCCGGCCAAGAAGAAGCAGGGCGAGCGCUGUUAUGAGGCUGAUGACUGUGGUGAUGGAUUAUUCUGCGAGCACCAAUGUGGAGGCCCAAUUGAAAACUAUAAGUCAGCCAUGUGUUUCAUUGCAGGCGAACCAAAAUGCAGGCCAAUCGGGCAAGAGCAGCCAGCCAAGAAGAAGCAGGGCGAGCGCUGCUCUCAAGUCAAUGAAUGUGGCGAUGGAUUAUUCUGCCGGCACCCAUGCGGAGGCGCCAUUGAUGACGAGUCAAACGUCUGUCUUAUCGGAGGUGAACCAACCUGCGCGCCGGUCAGGCAAGAGCAGCCAGCUAAGAAGAAGCAAGGCGAGCGCUGUUAUAAAGCUGAUGACUGUGAUCAUGGAUUAUUCUGUGAACACCAAUGUGGAGGCGCAAUUGACGACCCUAGGCCAGCUCUCUGUCUCAUUGCAGGCGAGCCAACCUGCGCGCCGGUUAGGCAGUCGUAA